UUAUCUAUACUAGAUUCCACAAUGAAUGAUGUUAAUGCUUCAACGACAGUAGUGACAAAUAAAGAGAAUACCAAUGUUUUUAAGAGGAAAUCUGGCGAUGUAGGUUGGGAAUAUGGGAGAUUGGUGGAUCCUAACAACAAGGAUAAGGUGCGGUGCAAUUUUUAUGGCCAUGAAAGUACUGGAGGAAUCUUUCGUUUCAAGCAACACAUUGCUCAAAAUGCAAGUACUGUGCUUAAAUGCACCAAGGCCAAACAAGAAGCUAAAGAAGCAUGCUUGAAAGCUAUGGAGAAAAAUGCAAAAAAGAAGGAAGAUAAGGCUACCCAUGAACGAAAAUUAAGAGAUGAUGUGAUUGUUUCCUCUGGACAACAAGAUGAAGAAAUGACUUGUGUUGGUAGCUCAGAACCUCACAAGUUAGGGCCUAUGGAUAAGUGGGCACGUACUAUUGAUCCUAAGUUGUCUUCAUCUGCAGCACUUCAUCAACAAAAAUUAAACAAAGCACUUUGGGAAGAGAGAACACUUCAAGUGCAACAAUAUGUUGCAAGAUGGGUGUAUACACAUGCUGUACCAUUCAAUGCAAUAGAUAAUGAUGAGUUCAAGCAAAUGUGUGAGGCUAUUGGUCAGUUUGCCCCUGGAUUUAUACCUCCUACUCAGUAUGAUCUUAGAGAGCCUAUGCUGAAAUCAGAAUAUGCAAGAACAAAAAGUUUGCUCAAGGAUCGUGAUGAUGAGAAGAUGAGGAAUGGUUGCUCUAUUAUGACUGAUGCAUGGACAGAUAUGAAGAGAAGAAGCAUAAUGAACCUAGCACACAUUGUGCUGAGGGAACAAGCUUCAUUAAGUCAAAUGACACAUCAGAUGUGUCACACACAAGUGAGGUCAUCUUCAACCUAG